GUGACGGGCCUACAGCCCUCUUAGGCUUCCGUAGCUUAUGGCUUCCGUAGAAAAACGCUUUUUUAUUGUAGCGUCAAACACACACAAACAAGGAUGCAGCGAGACAAAAGUGGAAACGCCGGUGCGGCUGAAAAGCCCGACCGGGAGGCCGCCAUCAUGUCCAAAUAUUACGAUGGCGUUGAAUUCCCUUUCUGUGACGAGUUCUCCAAAUAUGAGAAGCUUGCUAAAAUUGGCCAAGGAACUUUUGGUGAAGUGUUCAAAGCCAAGCACAGACAAACUGGAAAGAAGGUAGCACUGAAGAAAGUUCUAAUGGAGAACGAGAAAGAAGGGUUCCCCAUCACAGCACUGAGAGAAAUAAAGAUUCUGCAGCUAUUGAAACAUGAGAAUGUUGUGAAUCUGAUAGAGAUCUGCCGUACCAAAGCUACACAGUUCAACCGCUACAAAGGCAGUAUAUACCUUGUCUUUGACUUCUGUGAGCACGACUUGGCGGGACUUUUGAGCAAUGCCAAUGUGAAGUUCACACUGGCUGAAAUCAAGAAGGUGAUGCAGAUGCUGCUCAAUGGGCUUUACUACAUCCACAGGAACAAGAUCCUUCACAGAGACAUGAAGGCAGCGAAUGUGCUGAUCACCAGAGACGGCGUUCUAAAGCUGGCAGACUUUGGCCUGGCACGAGCCUUCAGCCUGGCCAAGAACAGCCAGGGCAACCGCUACACUAACCGUGUGGUCACACUCUGGUACAGACCUCCAGAGCUGCUCUUGGGUGAGCGAGACUACGGGCCCCCCAUUGACCUGUGGGGAGCAGGAUGCAUCAUGGCAGAGAUGUGGACACGGAGCCCCAUCAUGCAGGGCAAUACAGAACAGCACCAGCUCACGCUCAUCAGUCAGCUGUGUGGCUCAAUCACGGCAGAGGUAUGGCCAGGUGUGGACAAGAAAUACGAGCUGUAUCAGAAAAUGGAGCUCCCCAAAGGCCAGAAGAGGAAAGUUAAAGACAGACUCAAAGCCUAUGUGAAGGAUCCCUAUGCUCUGGACCUCAUUGACAAACUACUGGUGCUAGACCCUUCCCAGCGAACAGACAGCGACGAUGCUCUCAACCACGACUUCUUCUGGUCCGACCCCAUGCCCUCCGAUCUUAAGAACAUGCUCUCCACACACAACACCUCCAUGUUUGAAUACCUGGCCCCACCCAGACGGAGAGGUCACAUGCCCCAGCAGCCAGCCAAUCAAAAUAGGAACCCUGCCACCACCAGCCAAACAGAGUUUGACAGGGUGUUUUGAAUAAGAUGGGGAUUUAAAGUUGACUUGGGUCCCUUUCAAUUUAAAUUACUUCCUGUUGAGAAAAUAUUCCCUUGCUGUCUAUCAGAAAUCUGAAAGGUUAAACUGGACUACUCUUCACUUUGGCAUCCACAAUGCGAGGUAGAGCCUUCAUUCUGAAAACCAACUCCUUCCCAGUACUGCUUCAAGGACCUGAGGUUGGAGAAGGAUAUGCUUUUCUGGCCUGGAGUCCAGUCCCUGGUGUGAAGAAAUUCUUAGAGCUGAUGUAUCCACUUUAGUUUGGUACUACAUCCCUAUGGCCUGGAAGUAUUACACACAGACUUCUAAUGACCCAUCAGGAGACAGUGAUUGCCAUCCCUGAAUGAUAGUUUCCUCUUGUUUUUGUUCCUUUUUUACAGUUUAUAAUUUAGCAUAAUCAUGGAACUGCACCAAGUAUAUGCCGUGUAUGCAAUCCUUGUUUUUUGUAGGAUGGUUACACUAAAUAAACUCGGAUGCACAGUC